UCGCCGGUAGACGGCGUUGUGGUUGCAUUCCAUUCCGUGCAGCGAACGGCUCCGUCGAGAGCUGCCACUAUUUUCCUGGAUUCCGGUCUGUGAGCGUCGUUGGUGUUUAAAUCGUUCCACGUAUCACGGACGGGGAUCGAUCGUCCAAACGCGUAUAUACUUCGUUCUACCGCGGUGUGUCCCGGGAUAUUGGGAACCGUUUUUUUUGUUACAUAUUUCUGUUACCGUUUUUACUGUGAAAACCAUACGGAAUUGGAGUUUUGUGCAGUGAUUGGCUUAACAAGUGAGAGACCCAAAUGGUUGUCCUCGAGGAAGGCGGUAUGCUGACCACUGGACCCAAUCAAUAUUUACAACCGGAUUAUCUUUCUCCGCUUCCAACCACGUUGGAUGCGAAGAAGAGUCCGUUAGCUUUAUUGGCGCAAACAUGCAGUCAGAUCGGUGCUGAUUCUCCGACAAAGCCUUUGAUUUCCCCGCUGGAUAAGACGCCGAAGAGCAUGAACGCCAGUACGAACGCGAAGUCGCCUCCGGCUGCGAAAUUGGAGCGGAGUACGCGUAGCAGCCCGUCGGACGGGAAAUCGUUGGCCUUCAAACCGUACGAGACGAACGUCGUCUCGAAGAAGUCUGCCGACGACGGUAGACCAGCGUCUAAAGCUAGUGUGCACAGUGUUGGUGGUCAGGACAGUGUGAGUGCCAGUGACAGUAGCCACGGAGAGAAGAAAUCGUCGGGCAAUCGCACGCCCGUCGGGCGAAAGUCUGCGUCGCCCGCGAGCCAAGCGACGGCAACCGCGAGUGGCGCAUCUUCCGCGGACCGGAAGACGCCGGCGGAUCGCGAGAAGACCGACGGAUCGCCACGCAACAACAACGGUACCAGCCCGAUCAUCCGAUCUGGAAUGGAGAUUCUGUCCGGUAGCCACGCGAAGGAUUCGAAUCUGGGCGCAUACAAACCAAGUCUUCCAGGAUUCACCGGAAACCCGCUCUGCUGUCCGCCAGGCCUGGCGGAGAAUCCAGCGUUCAGACCGCCGUUCGCUGGUGCGUCGCCUUUUUCUCAUCACCACGCCGCGGCGGCAGCUCUCCUGGGCUAUCCGUCGAGCACCCCGACAGGUGGAAACCCGUACCUGAGCUACGCUCGCGUUAAAACUCCGGCCGGCGGCGAGGCUUUGGUGCCCGUCUGCAAAGACCCUUACUGCACCGGAUGCCAGUACAGCAUGCACAGCGCGCAGUUGAUGAUGGGUACUGGCCAAUGUCCGAGUGGAUGCACGCAGUGCGACCAUCAGAAGUACGGUCUUGCGAUGGCCUUGUCCUCCUUCGGGCCAAUGGCACCCCCGUCGCUCUCAUACCCGUCCACGUUGACCGGCGGCGGUAGGCCGUACGUCUGCAAUUGGAUCGCCGGCGACUCCUAUUGCGGGAAACGAUUCACCACGUCCGAAGAACUGCUCCAGCAUCUUCGCAGCCAUACGAGUCUCACCGGCGGCGAUCACGCCUCUUCGUCCGCCGCUUUGCUCAGCAACCCGCAUCCGCAUCCUCUGUUGUCACCGUCUGCGGCUCUGCAUCGCGCUAGCGGCGGCUCUUACCCGUCGCCAUCUCUGAGUCCGUUGAGUGCCAGAUAUCACCCGUACGGAAAACCGCCGACGGGACCGCUUCCAGCGUCACUGGCCGCGUCACCUUACAGCGCGUUCAACGCGUUGGGACCUUAUUACUCGCCAUACGCGAUCUACGGGCAACGAAUCGGUGCUGCGGUACAUCCUUAAACGCGGAUCGACUACGAUUCUUCGGUGUAUAUUCGAAUAUUUCCAGUGUACAGUCCACGGGAUAUGCAUAGUGUAAAAUAGGAAAUUGCCAAAUCGAGACUUUGAUAUAAACUGUUGUGUAAAUAAUCGAAUCGUGUACCAUAUAAAUUUAUUUAAAAAAAAGAUACCUAUAUAUAAAUAUAUAUAUAUAUAUAUAUAUAUAUAUAUAUCUAUGACCUGUGUGUAUAAAUUCAAGAUUACGAUUAAAGUUUAUAAAUAUAUCUUGACAGUUUAACGUUUCAUCACGGAAUCAUUCUUUACGGAAUACCUACUCAUUGGAAAGUAUCUCCUAACGUUUGAUCAUUACGUAGGAAGGAACAUGUACGCCGCGGAUGAUAAUUUGUCUGAACAUCCUUCAGUGGUGAUGGCAGGUUGAUGCCUGAGAUAAUUCCACAUUGGUAUAAAAAAGAAAUGAAGAAAAUAGUUGAAAGACUCGUGCGGAUAUGAAUAGCUGAAAGAAUAUUUCUCGUGCUUCUCUUUAUUUAAUUUCGAGCCUCACUAGGAGACGUGCGCAUGUUCACAGACUGUGCUCCAAAAAGUGAUACGAUUCGGUUUACGAGAGGAACUAAAUAGGUGCUAAGGAGGAAUAAGAAUUGUAGAUUUGUGAGUUUCGCGAUUAUCCAAUUUGAACGGCUUCGACGGCUAAACGCUGUUUCUAGUUUGCGAGUCGUGCAUGUUCUAAUGUCCACAAUGUAACUGUGAUAUUACGCUAUUUUUUCGAGGAAAUAAUGGGAGAUAAUAUUAAACGGUGGUAUGUCUAAACUGUAAUCCAAUUAUUUCGACUGUAAGUUCUAAAUUAUUCUUAUCGUUUGUAACCAAGCCUUGGGCUGUAAAACGCGUCGAAUAAAACCGGAGGAUAGUAAAAAUGCGUCGCCUGUGUUGUUUCGUGGAUUUUCAAUUGCAUUAAUUGUUGUAUAGGAGAUCUUCUCUGAGGUUUGUUCAAAGAAGACAUUGGAUUUCCACGUAUAUACAUAUUAUUUUUUAUUAUUGUAAAGUAUUCCGAGGAUCGAAGACGUGUAACGUACAAUACGAUAUUAUCAUUUGCACUAUGUAAAUAUUUCUUGUAAAUAUCGUUGAGUUUCCAUACCGCUUUAAUAAAAACAAUGUUUGUGGAAUCAUUAAA